UUUGGUUAAAGCAAAUGGGAGAUACAAGUAAGGAUUGUCGGAACUGGGAAGAGGAAAUCUUUUGGACCCAUUUUCAGUCCAUUCAUUUCUUCCAAUUUCUCCAUGGUGAUUUUCUUCACCGCUUGGAAAUACCAGAAAAGUUUGCUAUGAAUGUCAUGAGAAAGCUACCAGAAACUGUGACUCUUAAAGGUCCUAGUGGUGUCAUAUGGGAUGUAGGACUGACAGAAGAUGAUAGUACCUUGUACUUCAAUGGUGGAUGGAAAACUUUUGCAGAACACCAUUCGUUGAUUGAGAAUGACUUCCUGGUCUUCAGAUACAAUGGAUUGUCCCAUUUCAAUGUUCUGAUGUUUGAUGGGGAAAGCUUGUGUGAGAAAGCAUCUUCUUAUUUUGUUAGGAAGUGUAUGCAUUCGGAAUCCGAAUGUGGUCACCAAACGAAAAGGAAGUUGAGUGAAAAUCCUGAUGAAAUUGUGCACAACUCUUCGCAGUGUGGCCUUGAAAGCAGUCUGGAGAAAUCGACUAACAAUGACAUCAAUGUGAGGCAAUCAAGGGAAGCUGUUGAGUCUGCGGCUACUAAUAAGAAAAAGAAGAUCCGAAAUUUGGAUUCUGGUAUCCCUGUGAAACGGAGCCUUGGAGGCAAAGAACUUUCUACUUUUCCUGGUAAAGUGAAGGUAGAAAGACUCGAAACUGAGUAUGAACAUACGACAACGGAUGGCGAUGUCUUUGGUUCAUUGUGGCAUGAUACAGGUAAAAGGGUUGCGACGCAAGCUGAGAAAAUGAAUGUCCUCUUAAAGGCUCAAGAAGCUCUAACCGAUGAAGGUUUUAUGGUAGUUAUGAAGCCCACACAUGUGGACAGAAAGUUUUAUAUGUCCGUCCCUAAUGCAUGGGUGGUUAAAUAUCUCUCGAGAGCAAAAGCAGAUGUGAUCCUUCGAAUGAAUGAGCGCACAUGGAAGACCCGAUUUCAUUAUUAUUAUCACCGAAGUCAAGAACGAGGAGGCCUUUCGGCGGGAUGGAGGAAGUUUGUGAAUGACAACAAGUUAGAAGAACACGAUGUGUGUGUAUUUGAGCCUGCAAAUAUAGGAAGUAAACCAAUUAUGCUGAAUGUUAGCAUCUUCCAUGUUCUCCCACCAGUAGUUCCUCUGAACCGAGUAAACCGUCUCCCGAGCACUCUGCCGAACAUAGACAAGGUAGUCGACGCAUCAUCGUUACGUGCCGGCAAUUAGUUAUGUUGCUAUAGUUUAAAAACGCAGUCGAUAU